AUGGCGUUUUCGGGGGCGUUGUCGCUCACGGACCUGAACGACUACCUGGGGCCGUCCCAGGUGUGUAUCAAGCCGGUGGAUGCACCGGAGCAGAGCACCGAGCCCAGUGGCGAGACGGAAAUUGCCAUCGACCAAGGCACCUACUAUGAAGCGAGCGGCACGCGCGCACGCACGCAGCUCGAGACCGCAGAGAUCUCGCUGAAUGAUUGCUUGGCAUGCAGCGGGUGUGUGACGAGCGCAGAGACCGUGCUCAUCGGCAUGCAGAGCAUCGAAGAGGUGAAGCAGGAGCUCGCCAAAAAGGACGCGCGCACGUUCCUCGUGUCAAUCUCGCCACAGUCGCUCGCCUCACUUGCGACCCGGUACAUGUAUGCAUCGUCGUCCAAAGAGGGGCUCGCUACGCCGAGCCUCUUGCGCCGCAUUGCACACGCGCUCGGCCAGCGGGGGUUUGACUAUGUGUGGGACACGAGCUUUGCGCGUCACCUCGCACUGCGCGAACAUACGCGCGAGUUCUUCGAGCGGAGACACGCUCGCGAUACCCAGGCUGAUGCGCCGCGGCUGCCGAUGCUCGCGAGUGCGUGCCCGGGCUGGAUCUGCUACGCAGAAAAGGCCCACAGCGAGCUCUUGCCGUACAUUGCCGCGACCAAGUCGCCGCAGCAGAUUUCGGGCGUGCUUGCAAAGGAUAUCAUUGCACCAAAGUUGCGCGAGGGUACCGCGUACCACGUCACGGUCAUGCCGUGCUACGACAAAAAGCUCGAGGCGAGUCGCGAAGACUUUGUCGAUGCGAAUGGCAUCAGGGAGGUCGACUGCGUCCUCACGACCGGCGAGCUGCACGACCUCUUGCUCGAGUCCGACUUUGAUCCAUAUGUGCCGGUGCCGGGCGAAGAUGCGCCGGGUGCGCCGGACGCGUUUCCAGCGCUACUCCAGGAGCCAGGCAGCUCGUCGGGCGGCUACCUCUUUGCGAUCUUGCACGCAGUCUGGCAGGAGUGGCAAGCGCAGCACGUGGGCACGCCGAGCCUCGAGAUGCGUGUGAUUCGCUCCGUGGACUAUACCGAGUACAUUCUGCGCACGCCCGACGCGGUCCUCUUCAAGGGUGCGCAGUGCUACGGCUUCCGCAACCUCCAAAACCUCGUGCGCAAGAUCCAGCGCGAGACGGGCGCACGCAGCGGGCGUGCGCCGGUGCGCGGCCGCGGCCGCGGGCUCAUGCGGCGCGCUGGGCACGAAGACAGCGGCGCAUACGACUAUAUCGAGGUCAUGGCGUGCCCUGGCGGGUGCGUCAAUGGCGGUGGCCAGAUGCGCCCUCCUGCCGGCGCCGUCCAGGCUGAGGACGCGAUGGACGAGGAUGCGCCCGUCCAGGGCUGGCAGGGCACCGACAAGCACUGGGUGCAGCGGGUCGAGGAGCGCUACUGGCUCGAUCCCUCCCGCCGCGCGGCUGCCACGCCGAAUGUCGAUGCAGAGGAGCAGACGGGUGCGCCUCUGCGCGUCCUCGACGACGCGGCGCACGGUGCGCUGCAUGCGUGGCUCGCCGGCACCGACGCGCGCGCCGCCGAGGUCGAGCAGGUGCUCGACGUGACCCAGACGCACGUCUUCCGCACCACCUACCACGGCGUGCAGCAGCAGACGAAUGGACUUGCUGUGCAGUGGUAA